CCGCAGUCUCCUUCUCAUCCUGCCCCGUCUGGCUGACUGGCAGAUCACCACACUGAGCAAAAACUAACUUACAACAGCUGACAGCACCCGCUGCUUUUACAUUAACACGGGAGCAACAACAGCAUGUGAAUAUGGCAGAAAGCGGCAGAGUUGUCACAGAGGAGCAGCAGGAGGAGCUCCCAGCAGCCUCUGGAGCCGUCACUCUCGUGCACCACACACACACUCGGAGUCAGAGCCACAUCCAGUUUCACCCUCUGACACACACCACCCAGUGGCAGCCAGCGGCUCCUCGCACUCUCGCUCACACGAGGAGUCACAGUCACACUCACUUCAACACUCCCUCGCACACACAGCCUCAGAAGUACGGCUGUCGCCUCACACACAGCCUCUCAGCCAUGGCCAAGGGAGAGAAGGGAGCUCAGGGCUCUGCAGGGAAGCUCAUCAAGCCCACUGAACCGCUGUUCCCCAAAACUCCUCAGCAGACUGAGUUGGGCCAUAAGUUGACAUUAUGCAGUAAGCUGUGCUUCGCCAUCGGCGGCGCGCCCAAGGAGGUGGCUGCCAGCGCCACAGCAUUCUUCCUGCAAAUCUACCUGCUGGAUGUUGCUCAGAUCAACGCCUUCCAGGCCUCCAUGGUGCUGUUCAUCGGUAAAGCCUGGGGUGCAGUGACAGACCCUAUUGUCGGCUUCUUCAUUACAAAGAGCAGAUGGACCAAGAUUGGCAGACUCAUGCCCUGGAUGGUGGGUUGCUCUCCAUUUUUGGUCGUCUCCUACUUCUACCUCUGGUUUGUUCCUCCUUUCAUCAACGGCAGGUUCCUCUGGUACCUCGGCUUCUACUGCCUCUACCAAACCCUCAUCACUUGCUUCCACGUGCCUUAUUCUGCUCUCACCAUGUUCCUGAGCACAGACCAGAAGGAAAGAGACUCAGCCACUGCUUACCGAAUGACAAUGGAGGUGCUGGGGACUCUCGUGGGCGCUGCCAUCCAGGGCCAGAUUGUGGCCAGCGCUCACACUCUGAAGCACUGCCCACCUUACAACAUGUCUGCCAGUUACCUUGGCAACAGCAGCGGGGCAGAGAUCGUCAAGCGCCUGGUGCGCUCCCAGGACCACCUGUCACACUCAAAGGAGGUGUACAUGAUAGCUGCUGGUGUUGUAGGAGGGGUGUUUCUCAUCUGCACCGUGGUCAUGUUCCUGGGAGUCAAAGAGAGAGAUGAUCCGUACGCCGCAAGGACAGAGAAGCAGAUCCCGUUCCAUCAGGGCUUCAUCCUGGUGAUGAGACACGGGCCAUACCUCACUCUAACCGCUGCGUUCCUCUUCAUCACUGUCGCCAUUCAGCUGGUACAGAGCAACUUCGUGCUCUUCUGCACUUACGCCGCCGACCUGAGGGAUCACUUCCAGAAUAUUGUGCUGACCAUCCUGGUUUCUGCGGUGAUAAGCAUCCCGGUGUGGCAAUGGUUUCUGCAGAGGUUUGGGAAGAAGACGGCAGCUUUUUGCGGCAUCACAUGGAUCAUGCCCUUCACCAUGAUGCUGGUCUUCAUUCCCAAUGUUGUGGUGGCCUACGUCGUGGCCGUCUCCUCGGGACUCAGUGUGGCUGCCUCGCUCCUGCUGCCAUGGUCUAUGCUGCCAGAUGUGGUGGAUGACUUCAGACUGGCCAACCCCUACUGUAAAGGCCAUGAAGCCAUCUUCUACUCGUUCUAUGUGUUUUUCACAAAGUUUGCUGCUGGGAUCUCCCUGGGAGUGUCCACCCUCUGUCUGGAAUUUGCAGGGUAUGACACUGGCGCCUGCAAGCAGCCUGCUCCUGUUGUGUACACGCUGAAGCUGCUGAUUGGUGCUGCCCCAGUGGCCUUCAUUGUUACGGGGUUAUUGAUCCUACUGCUCUAUCCUAUCAGCGAAGACGUGCGGCUCAGGAACAGACUCUGCCUGGAUGAGCUACGGAAACAAAGCAUCAGCUCCAGAACAAUGGAAGAUUUGAGUAACGUGUCACCUGGAUCUUGAAUGAAGUGAAUUCACAAAGCCACGUAUUCCAGUACCGCCGCUGGAAAGUUGUCCCUUAGUGUAUAUUACACUGAUAAAUAGUUAAAUUGUUUUAAUGUAAACAUUUUUUGUUCCAUUUUCACAUGUACUGUACAGUCAUCUUGGAUAUAUAUAAAUAUAUAAUAAGAUUACCUAAUUUAUAUCAUUAUUUGCUGUGUUUAGCUCUACAACAUUGUUAUUUAUUUAUAAUAUAUGAUUAUUGAGGGCUGAUGAUAUGAAAUUA